GUGCGAUGCGCGGUCAAGUACGGAUGCGUUUGCGCUGCAGUGUACGAAUAUUACAUUCGCGAAUUGCGCGGCUAUAGCCGCUGCCCGAUUUCGGCUAUGAGUAAUCAAACGCUUAUAGCCAAUGAGGUGUUGGCAUUUAUAAAACAUGCCAUCGAUUAUAUGGACGAAGUCAGCAUCAUGCAGAUCUGCAAAUCAUCUUUCAAGGAGGAUGAGAUUAGCAGUGCCAAGUUGCUGUUGUUCACGACACUUGGCAAAGUUAGCCAGAUGCCGUCUCGUCGAAGGGAUGGCACACAGAAGAGUGUCCAGGACAUCAUAACGAUGUUCAAGGAGACCGACCCGAACGACGUGCCUGAAUUCGUGGCGAAGGAUCUGCACAAGCUUCCUCCCGUCACGUUCGACCACGUAGACGUCACCAGGCUGCUGAAGGACAUCACACUCCUGAAGCAGAGCCAGGCUGAGAUACAGCAUCAGCUGGAGGUGUCCAACAACACCAUCAGUGAUCUACGGGCAGAAGUAGUACCAUUGCGCAAUGCAAUUUCUGCAAGUAGGUCACCUACGAAUGUCGACGCUGUAAAUGUAAACACGCGUCGCGAGGCAAAAAAUGCUUCCAUCUGCAGUUUCGAGUCGGCGGGCUCGAAUGCGUCACCAACUGCCGAGAAUGCAUGCGUUGCAACGUGUGCCGCCACCGUCCCUGCCUCGCCACUGGUAGAGACGAUGACUUGCGUGGGUUUAGUGACCCCCAAACAAGCCUACGCAGCAAUAGUAGCCGCUAAUAAGCCUGCUGGGCCUCAAAUCUCGCAGGCAAAACCAGCGGAAAAACCAAAAGGGGGUAAAAGGAGCCAGUCGAAACCAAAACAGGUUUUGAAGAGGCAGGGUCCACAGAAGGACACGUGCGAUAAGGAUGGUUUCAAGGUGGUAGAGAAGAGGAAGAAGAAGAAGCCUCCUUGUCGGAACCAGUGCGGUACUGCACUGACGGGACCCAAUAUGCUGCUGCGUCCAGCUAUUCAUACGACGCUGCUGUACGUUUCCAGACGGCACCACUCCACGAAGGCUGAGGAGAUCGUGGAGUACCUGUGCAUAAAGACCAAAUGGACCUUGAGGGUCGAGAGGUUGGAGCCGCGUCACAACAUGAACUUCAAUUCGUUUGUGGUGCGUGUUCCGACGAGCGAUCUCGAAAAGUUCCUAAAGGAGGACCUUUGGCCGAAAGGUGUUGUGUUCCGCCGGUUUCGUGGCCGGCUACGUGACACCAGUCAGCGUAACACGACGCCGAUGAUUCGUGUGCAGUAGUUUUUAUUUU